AUGGACGUUUUCAAGGAAUUGUUACCACAAACUGAGUAUAGGAAAUGUGCAAGGCACAUUGUAGUCAACUUCAGUAAAAAGUUUCUAGGGGAAAAAUUUGUUAACAAGUUUUGGUCUGCAUGUAAUGCAACAAUAGAACAAUCUUUCAAGGAAAUAGUGAAGGAUAUUGAGCUUUUGAGUCCAGAGGCAAGUAACCACUUAAUAGAGAAGGACCCUAGAACAUGGUCAAGAGCUUACUAUCAAGUUGGUAGAUGUUGUUCUAGUGUGGAGAAUGGAGGAUGUGAAAGUUUCAAUGCAGUCAUAGUUGAAGCCAGGAAGAAACCUAUCAUCACAAUGCUUGAAGAAUUGAGAAUGUAUAUGAUGAACAAGCUGUUCACUACAAAAGUUAAUGGAUGGUCAAGUGAUGUUUCACCUGAAAUAAGGUUGAGGUUGAAUGAGUUAAGGAUUAAUCAAAGGUUUUGGGAGGUAUUGUCAAGUGGACUCAACCAGUUUGAGACUAGGUCAGGAAGUGAGGCAUAUGAUGUUGAUUUGGACAAUAGGACAUGUUCAUGCACGAUGUGGCAAGUUAACGGUUAUGGGUGUGUUCAUUCUAUGGCUGCCAUUAGUUACCUCAAUAAAGAUGUUGAGAAAUAUGUGGAUCCUGAUUUUUGCAGCACAAUGUAUAUGAAGACCUACCAGUACAAAAUUUAUCCAAUGAAUGGAAGCAAGAUGUGGCCUGAAACUAAUUACAUUCCACCUCUACCCCCUAAGAAUAGAACGAUGCAUGGUAGGCCAAAAACUAAAAAAGUUAGAGAUGUGAGUGAAAAUGGUGGAAAGCAUAAAGUUUCUAAGAAGGGUAAGAAGAUAUCAUGUAGUUUGUGCAAAAUGGAAGGACAUAAUAAGAAGACAUGUCCAAAUAUUGAUAGGUCACGACCAAAAAAGUUACCAACUAUGGUUAACAGGACUAAGGCACCAAAGGGUGAAAAUAUGAAGAAAAGAACUGUAGAAGUGGCAAGUAGUAGUAGGACAGGAAUGGAUGGUGGGGAUACACAUGGUAGUAGGGUUAAGAGGAAUAAGACAACAAAGGUUAAGAGGAGGGAAAAGAGUGAAAGGAUCAUCAAGAAAAAAUGGCAACCCAAGUUAUAG